GACGUCCACUGUUCAAGACCUCGAUGGCAGGCUCUGUAAAGUCAUCGGCAAAUUCAACGGAACCGAUCCAAUGCAAUUGAGUUAUGCGCAGGAAUUGUUGAACCAACUUGAAUUCCUACUUGAUGAUUCACUGCCGUCAGAAUAUGUCGUAGAGAAGGCCAACGCAAGAGGCUAUAGACAACGACUUAGUGAGCUUAAUGGAAAUCAUAAAGUUAAAGCUGAAGGAGCCUCCAGUCGGCGGGAUCAACUUCUAGUACAAGCGAAUCGAAUACAGGAAUCCAGUAAUAGACUCAACAAUAUCCAACGCAUGGCGCUUGAAAAUGAAAAGAUAGGAGGUGACGUUCUGACCACCCUACGUGGACAAAGAGAAACGCUUGAGCGCUCAAGAGACGAGAUGACAGAUGCAGAGGACAAUGUGAAUCGAUCCAAUAAGACAUUGAAGAGUAUGGCUAGCUGGUGGCCAUUUUAAGAAACAAUGAUGGAUCGUAUUACAUAAGUCACAUUGUUAACGCUGUCAUUGCUUUGGACAAUGAAAUCGCCCGUCUUAAUACCCUUUCACAACUUCCUUGUUCGACAAUGGCCACUUCCAACAUGAAACGGAAUCUGCCAAUUAUUUAAAUAUUUGUAUGUGAUCGUCGUGUUCCACUGCGCAUACGAUAGAGCAAUCCAGGAACUCAAUUUAUCAUAAUUCUCAAUGCGAGAGAUCACCAAACCAAAAAUUUUAACUCAUUUCUUGUCAUGAUUUGAUGUUUGAGGUUUCGUAAUCUCGCCUAUCAGACAAUUUCUUGCUUGGAGAAUAGUCGUAGUAUAUCUGCACAUGAAGUUCUUGAAUAUAAAC